UUCCUUUAUUAAGAACUUGAUGCGAUCGGUGGUCCUUUGCAUUGCAGAUGUCGAUCUUCAGAACCAAAUCGACUCGUCGCUGACGAUGCCAGCCACUUACCAGACCCUCAUCUCCCGUGCCCAAUUGGCUCAGCAAUGCUGUGGAUUGGCGCGGGAGCAGACCAGGAUCUGUGAGAGGCUGGUUCACGAUCAACACCUUCAGCAACAAGGUUGGGCCGCCGUGGUGGCGAAUCUCGAGGACAUCACGCAGAUGUUCCAGUCGCGAGCCGAUCUUCUGCAACAGAGCUUCGCCGUCUAUCUGUCGGAGAGACAACAGCACAUGGAACUGCUUCAGAACUUCAGCGCCGACCUGAGCACCCUGGCGAAGAUUCCAAUCCUACCAGCGCUGAGAGCUCAGGCCGAGGGUCUGUUGAGCCCGGAGGAUCAGCCGAGUCAAUCGAAGAAGGACAACACCGAGGGCAGGGAGGAAGUUCUGAGUCUGCUUCGUUGGAUAUCGGCGAAAGACAAUCAGAGUAGCCUGGAGCAGGUGGCGGAACAGUGCUCCAGAGGGUUGGAACAAUUCGACGAGAAAGUGAUGGAGGCGUUGAAGGCGGAGGUGAAGGCAGCCAUCGACAGCGCGAACAAGCAGGACAUGAAGGAGAUCAAGGGCCUCGGCGAGAGGCUGUUCGCGUUGGAACAGCUGAUGACACAAACGAAAAAGCUGGUCCACGAGCAGGGGGAGCUUGCUCAGGGUUUCCUGCAGAACCAGAGCCGGGCAAACAAUCUCGGUGAUCCCAGCGUGUUGCCUGAUUUGUGCAUGUCGCACAGACGGCAGCUUAUUGUGAUGCUGCAAAAUCACAACAAGUUGCGCGACAUCAGGCGCCGAUGCACAAAGGCAAAAGAGGAACUGUCGGUGAACAUCUACCACCGGCUCAAAUGGAUAAUGUACGUAGAGAACAAGAUGAUGGAAGUGGACGGCAAACUGGUUAUGUAUCACGAAAGCCUGAAACGUUUGAGAAGGCACCUGGAGGUGCUUCAACAGAUCCAUCUGGCACCACAAAUGUACAUCAAUGCCGUGGCCGAGGUAGUUCGCAGACGGACCUUCUCACAAGCUUUCCUCGUUUGGGCCAGCAAUUUGGCGUGCCAGCUGUUGACGGUCCACAGUGAGGAACUGGCACGCAGACGGGAAUUUCAGAGUAAAUUCGAUGGCCAUUUUCUGAAUACUUUGUUCCCUGGUCUUGAGGACACGCCGCCGCCGUUUGCCACCCAGGCGCCGUCUGUUUUCGAUAGUGGACUGCCCAAGUUGACAGCGGAGGACAUGGAAUCUCUCAGGUCGCAGCUACCCGAUCUGGCGCUUACUAUCUCGUCACCGGACUUGAACAGCAUCACGCAAUUCUUCCUGUCGAAGAGUCUCACCGAGGCGAGCACCGACGGCAAUAAGGAGAAGGACAGCACCUCCAUGCGCGUGGACGUAGCGACCAAGGAUCAAGAACGAGCAAGAGCUCCGAUGUUGUUCGACAGGGGUGGUUUUGAAUCGGAGACGGACACGGAGGAGUUCGAGAAGAUCGGUCAAGGUGCCACGGACUCUAAGCCGGAGUCGUACGAUGGCGCGAAACAAAUGCGUCAGAAACAAUUGGAGGUUGGUGCCUCGCGAAGCGUGUCCCCCGCUUCCUCGACCUCGACUAACGUAUCCCCGCUUAAUUCGAAAGUCGCGGACCUGACGAACCGGUCAUCUUCCUCGAGCGAGCCUGGAUCCUUCCAUUUCCCUAGUCUGUCCGUCAGCGAGCGUCCAGCUCAGCUGAGUCCGUUAACCGAGUGCGCCGAGAACGGCGAGUCGAGCAGUUGUUUGCUUCACCGCGCCACUGCGAACGGUCUUUCCAAGUAUCACGAGACGCCAUCGACGACGAUGGCCGAGGAGCCGAACUCACUUAGCCCAAAUCCUUCCUCUUCCCUGUCACGGUCGGUGAUGUGCGACGGCCAGCAGCAGCAACGCCAGCAGCAGCUGUCCGGUAGUGGCGGUAGCAGCCCCUCUAUUGGUGUGUGCGCUACCGACUUCAUGGGUACUGAGUUUUACAUGGACGAGUCUCUGCCGAGCAGUCUCAGCGAGCAUCCCGUCGACGGCCAGCAUCAGGCUAUCGUUUCCCUUCUCCAGGUACUGGACGACUUACAGCUCGCUAACAGACCUUGUAGUCGUAGCCGUAAACGUUCCAUUACCGCUAAUACGAGAAUCUUGGCAACACGCGCGAGGAAGUGGAGAGGCUUAGCUCGAUCCUGAAGACGAUGAAAGCGGUGGUGUACGAGGCGUUGAGGGCCGUGCGCCAAGAGUUGGCUGUCCUCAGGGAUCGCACGAACGAGCAGCAGACUGUUUUCUCGAAGAUGGCCGAGCAGGUUCGCGAGGCUCUGUCGUUGUACUCGCGCGAGUGCGAUCGUCGGCUUCGCGAGCGCGAGCAGGAAUUGACGGUGGACCACGAGCUGGAAAUGGCGGACGUGAAGAAGUUGAUUCAAAGUCGCGAGGAGGAGAUAUGCACGCUGAAGCGGAAUCUCGUGGAAAAAGAAGCCGAGCUGGCCGAGCACGAGCGCCUGAUAGCCACCAUGCGGCAGAAGUUGGAGAACGAGCAAACGGAAAUGAGAGAUCUGCAGACGCAUUUGCACCAACAGCUGGAGGAAACGUUGGAGCAAGCUCGCGUGGACAAAGAGACGGCUGUUAAGAAGGCGAACGACGAGAGAUUCAUAGAGAUAGCGUCCUUGACGAACUCGGUGGCGCAGAGCCAGAAACGUAUCCAAGAGUUGGAAGACAGUCUGAAUCAGGCGUGCAGCGAACAGCAAAGGAUGGUGAAAGAGGCGACCGAGAAGCUGCAAAUGGAAUACAAGAGCGAACUGCAAUCACUCAGAAGCCGUUUCAAGCUAAUGACUGCGUCCACCAUGGAAAGCAGUCCAACCGACAGCAGCCUUGAAAAGAUCGACAGACCAGACUUCAUUGACCUAGUAAUGACCCAGACGACGCAGGAGAAGAAGCUAGAGAAAUCAGUGACGAUGGACGAGCGGAUGGAUUACGUGGCAAAAUUGAUAUACGAUCUACGAUUGGCCACGCAAACGAUCGAGGAGAAAGAUCGGAAAAUGGAGAUGUAUAGAAGAAGAGAACUCGCGCUAACGGAGGAGUGCAAGCGAUACAAGAGUACGAUCAGACGUUUGAAAGAUUCGGAGACUUUCAAGAACGUUCUCGUCGAGGCCGGCUUGCACAAAGAGCACAGCGGUGACGAGUUGGAAAUGAGUCAGAGUAGCCUGGAGGAGGAGCCGAAGAGCCUGGAAACGGAGAAGGACGAGGUGGAAGUGUCCGAGUCGAAAAAGGUACGAUUGGAACCGAGCAACGAUCCGAGCUGUCUGUCCAGGAGGCUCGAGGUCCUUGAGAACGAGAAUAAAAGAAUGAACGCCGAAUUACAGUCGCUUCGCGAGAGCAAAGAAACAGCCGACACGAAAAUCGAGAACUUGGAGGCGGACAAGGUUCGAUUAGAGAUCGAAUUGGUGAAGGAGAGGUCCAGAAGCUUCUCUACUCCUGAUACGUUGCCAUCGUCGGGAAGUCGCGAGAAGGAUAUGAACGACUCCGUGGCGGUCGUCUCCGAAUCGAGCUCGUCUCAGGACGCAACGACCAGCCCGAAACCGCAACGUCCGUGCGGUUGUAUCACCUGCUUCACGCAUAUUAAGAAGAAGAUGGACAGAAUUGCGUCGAAGCUCGCCGAGCUGGGCCACAUCACCGUGACCAGCUGCGAUCCAGGUGAUAACGUGCUGUUGUUCUGGGAUGAGACGCAUAGAACGUACACGUUCUAUCAGGAGUCGACGACGCUUCAUUUCCUCGAUCCGAAAUCCACCGCUGCCCUGGAUCUGAUCUGGCAUCCCGACGAGUCGUCGAAAAAUACUCAGAGCAUCGUCGAGGUUACCUCCAAGGAGUACUGUCAUGCUAUAAAGAUCGAUAAUCGAUAUCGCGUGCCACGUGGCACGAAAUUCUAUCGAGUGAGAGCGGUGAAGUCAGCCGGUGAUAGCGCAACUAUGUUGGCGAGCGUUCAGGAAGAGUAAACGAGCGACAAGCUAAGAGAACAACAAGCUCCAUCGAUUCUCCGCCAGUUUGAUAAGCCCUGUGACCGCGGAUCCGCGUCGCGGGGAUGAACACCUGUGGCCUUGCACGUGCAGUUCAUCCGACACACGCGGAUCCUUAGCAUACAUAUUCGCAACCAUCCGGAAAUCCUCGGAUCAAGGCCAAAACCUGCCAGAGCCUUUAAGACCCAUCCUUGAAAGUUUCUACCAGCUGGAAAAAUAAGGUUUGGACGAACGAAAGAGAGGUAUAAGUACCCGGGCUACUCUGGGUACAUCACACGUAAAUAGGGAUCAGAGACGAAAGGAUGCGCUGGCGUUUCAUUGUGAUAUAAGUAAUUUUUAGAUGAGUGAAACAUAAUUGCCGAAUGCUGUGGGAUUAGCUGUGAAACAACGUUCUAACGAUGUUUGUAUUCCUUCUUCAUUUCUUCAAUUUUCUUUCUGUUUUGUUUUUUUUUUUUUUUUUUUUUUUU